AAAACAGGAAGUUACGUAAUGAUACGCCGGUGGGUCUACUUGGUCAAAAUGAGUUUGUGACGCGUCCGAAGUAAGGAAGCGCGUUGUUACUCGUUUUAAAAUUUAAGUUCAAUGAAAGAGUGGAGCCGGCUGGGGCUCGGUUCUGCUGUGAUUCUCAGUCCUCAUGUCUGCCGCUUUGCCCGCGAAGGGGCCCGGCCUUCCUGGCAUGCCCAGCUUGCCUCCCCAGCAGCAGCCGGCCCCCCACGGCCCCCCCACAGCCGGGCCCAGCCAGGCCACCAUGCCUCUGCGUGAGAUCUCGCCCGUCUUCCUGUGUCGCAUUGGCCAGGAGACUGUGCAGGACAUCAUCACGCGCACCAUGGAGAUCUUCCAGAUAACUCGUGCCACACAGCUGCCAAACGGCGUGACGCAGAGCCAGGCCGUGUACCAGGACCGCUUCGGCAAGCUUCAGGAACACCUGCGCCAGCUGAGCCUGCUCUUCCGUAAGCUGCGGCUGCUGUAUGAGCGCUGCGUGGAGAUGACCUCUGACCUGCAGGAGGCCCCGGCGGAGCUGGUGCCCUAUGCUGGAGAAGAGGUGGCCCCCGUCCGGGUGGAACCCUGUAGCCCAGCUGUGAUCCACGAGAGGCAGGAGGUGCUGGAGAAGGUGAGGCAGAAGAACCAGGAGAUGAAGGGGCUGAUGGACCAGAUGAGGAAUUUGUUGUGGGACGUCAAUGCCAUGUUGACCCUGAGGAAGUGAACUGCCCGACAGUACCGACAGCUCGGGGGGUUCGGUCUGCCUGCCCUCGGGGUGUUGCUGUACUAACUUCUGGAGGACUCUUUCCUUCUUGCCCUCUUAUAAUGCCCUGCUGUUAUGUUGAAGCUCCCUCUUUGCGAUGAGUGUGUUUGGCUGUGAGGCGCCGCCCUGGUGGUAACCGGCCAUAAAUGCAUCACGGUUGAAAAAGUCAAUCAUGGCGUUCUCAGCAAGUCAGACACGUCCACUUUGAAUAAUGUCGGCAGCUACUGUCUCAGGGACGGCGGCCGGUGUGAUGGACCAGAUGACCGGCUUACCUCAGCAGGGGGGGUGGGUAGUCUCACAUCGCUCUGGCAGACCAAAGACCCGAGAGGUGGACCUGAGUGGGCCUGUGUGAUGUCUGUGUUUUUGUACCGAAAUAAAGUGUGAAUCCGUUUUUGUCUCCCA